AUGCGGAUCAGUACGCGACUUACGGCCUCAGGUGUGUCCACGCAGGUGAAAAUGGAUCCCAGACGUGUAGAGAUCGAGGUUCGUCAGAAGUCUUGUCCCUAUGGUGACAGACUCAGCGAGACCUCGCCGUUAGUGGAAUCUUGUUUCUCCCUUCCUGCCAAUUAUUCCAGCAUCGAGAGACGCGAGUUCACAGGCUCUUCAAGCUACGACGGCAGCGAGGAGAAUCCACUCGACUCUUUACUGGAUUCCACGAUGGAAGAUUUCAAAAAGAAGAGGCCGGAUUUACUUCCUCAUCUAGAUCCUGUCAAUGGGAAGAAGAAGAUAACGACUGGUCUCUUUCCGCACUCCCUUGCAUACUACCUCAAGAUUUUGCUCAUCAUCUGCGGCUGUGCCGUGUCUACAUUGGUGCAUCGGACUCUGGCAGCAUUACUGGCCUCCACCUUCGCCAUCGCUGCUUUGGCUGCCGUCAACGAGCGACCGACACUUCCGGAAAUAGUAUCAUGGUUGGACAUGGAGACCCUGGCUCUCCUCUUCGGCAUGAUGAUCAUGGUAGCGAUCUUGAGCGAGUCCGGAUUGUUCGAUUGGAUCGCCGUCCUCGCCUACCAGAUUGCCCACGGACGGAGGUGGUACCUUCUCACUUACUUGUUCAUCUUCACUGCCAUCAUAUCUGCAUUUCUGGACAAUGUCACCACGGUCCUUUUACUCACUCCAGUCACUAUCAGAUUGUGCGAGGUGAGCGACCUGGACCCCGUGCCAGUGUUGAUCCUCAUGGUACUCUUCUCGAACAUCGGAGGAUCGGGUACUGCCAUUGGAGACCCGCCGAACGUCAGACUCGACCGUGAACAAGAAGACUUGCGAGGCGAGGUCGCGGUGUGGGAGAAGGCAGCCCGAGGCUUCUCUACCCUCUCGCGGCAGGAACUGGUCGUCCGCCGGAUGCUAAUGAGAAAGGUUCAGCACCUCCAGAAACUGCUGGAGCAACGCAUCGCCGCCAACAAUGGGGAAGCGCUAGAUGAUCGCUUUAGAGAGACCCUCGAGGAGCUGAAAACAAAAUACGUGAUCCGAGACAAGGUUCUGUUGAUCAAGUCCAUGGUCGUCCUCGUGAUCGUCCUCAUCCUCUUCUGUCUCCAACCG